AUGCUCGGGUGGAACAACACCAUGGCAAAGGCCGAGAAGAACAGGAAAGACAGUCAAGAGUCAGACCAAAAGGAUGCCAGCAAGCAGCCACAAGCGACCAGAUGGCAGAAGAUACACCGCUCAGUCGGCUUCCAGAAGGGAUACAACCUUUUACUGUUCAUCGUCUUUGCGGGCGCAAUGGUCGGAUUCUGCCUCGCCCGACUUGAGUACCUAAACAUCGGCACCUACGCCGACGGAGCAUCUCCGGGAGAAUGGUACUGGUACAAAUCCGGCCACAACCGCGUCGCCAUUAUCCUGCAUCUCGCGACAGUCAUCCCCGCAGGACUUCUGAUGGUCUGGCAAUUCCUCCCCAUCAUCCGCCGGAAGUUCCUGAUCUUCCAUCGCAUCAACGGCUACGUCGUCACGAUCCUGCUCCUCCUCGGUGUGGCGAGCGCUUUCAUGCUUGCUCGAAGGUCCUUCGGCGGUGCACCAGCGACACAGGCAGGCAUUGGCUUCCUUGGAAUCAUAGUGCCUAUUUCGCUCGGGAUGGCGAUCUACAACAUCAAGCGCCUCCAGAUCGAGCAGCACCGUGCGUGGAUGCUGCGCACCAUGUUCUACUGCGGCACGAUCAUUACUCUUCGCCUCAUCAUGAUCAUCGCCGCCCAGAUCCUGCCAUUUGCCAGCAACUACUACAGCGUGAUGCCCUGCGACGCUAUCGCGACCCUCACGAGCCCCGGCCAGUUCCGCAAGAGCUACCCCCAAUGCUUUGUCGAGGAUGGCACUGCCGAUGGUUGGAUUCCCGUUGUUGCGGACUUCUCGCAGGAUGCUGUGACCGUUGGUGCGGCUUUGCAGUUGGGCUUUUCUAUGGGAAUCUGGGUCGCCAUCGCCAUGCACGCAAUCGGCGUAGAGAUCUACCUCAAUCUCACCUCGGCCGAAACCGAGCGACUUCGAAUGGUGUCUUAUGAGAAGCAGUUGGAAGCUGGGUUCAAGCACCCAGGCAGCGCCGGGCUGACUGCGGAUCGAUGGGGUGAUGUGCCGGCGUGGGAGCCAACGCCUAAGAAGGAAGUCGAGGGGCAAUGA